UAAACCGCUUACCAACUCUUCCUUUCUUCUGUCUUGUGCCUUGUUUUUCUUUGAUCUCUGUUUCUCUUUCUCGUGGCGGCCAUGGCGCUCCUCAAUGAUCUCGUCAACCUCAACCUCAGCGACACCACGGAGAAGAUCAUCGCUGAGUACAUCUGGAUUGGAGGAUCUGGUAUGGACAUUAGGAGCAAAGCAAGGACACUCCCAGGCCCUGUCACUGAUCCUAGCAAGCUUCCAAAGUGGAACUAUGAUGGUUCCAGCACAGGCCAAGCACCAGGAGAAGACAGUGAAGUAAUUCUUUAUCCUCAGGCCAUUUUCAAGGAUCCUUUCAGGAGGGGAAACAACAUCCUUGUCAUGUGUGAUUGCUACACUCCUGCAGGAGAGCCAAUUCCUACUAACAAAAGAUAUAAUGCUGCCAAGAUAUUUAGCCACCCUGAUGUUGCUGCUGAAGUACCUUGGUAUGGGAUUGAACAAGAGUACACUCUUCUGCAGAAGGAUGUCAAGUGGCCUCUUGGAUGGCCUGUCGGAGGCUACCCUGGCCCUCAGGGUCCAUACUACUGCUCUACCGGUGCUGACAAAUCCUUUGGUCGUGAUAUUGUUGAUGCUCACUACAAGGCCUGUCUUUAUGCUGGAAUCAACAUCUCAGGCAUAAACGGUGAAGUUAUGCCCGGUCAGUGGGAAUUUCAAGUUGGCCCAGCUGUUGGUAUCUCUGCUGGUGAUGAAGUUUGGGUUGCUCGCUACAUUCUUGAGCGAAUUACUGAGAUAGCUGGAGUGGUUCUCUCAUUUGACCCCAAACCCAUCCAGGGUGACUGGAAUGGUGCCGGUGCUCACACAAAUUACAGCACUAAAUCCAUGAGGGAGGAUGGAGGCUUUGAGGUCAUCAAAAAGGCCAUUGAAAAGCUCGGAUUAAGGCACAAGGAACACAUUGCUGCCUACGGUGAAGGCAAUGAGCGCCGCCUCACAGGACGCCACGAGACUGCUGAUAUCAACACCUUCAAAUGGGGAGUUGCGAACCGCGGAGCAUCCAUUAGAGUUGGCCGUGAAACCGAGCAGAAUGGCAAAGGUUACUUUGAGGACCGAAGGCCGGCUUCAAACAUGGAUCCAUAUGUGGUCACCUCCUUGAUUGCAGAGACAACCAUUCUCUUCAAGCCUACAUAAGUGUCAUAUUUUCAUGUUCUCUCCAUCAGACUACUAUUCUCUUAAUAGUUUGCUUUUGUCUGUGUUGGUGUUGGUGUUGGAGAUCUAGCAGGAGGUGAAUUUUGCUAGAAUUUAUUAAGGACAGGGAUAUUGGUCGGUCAUGAUUUGAUUGGUUUGAAAAAGCCUUUCUGGUUUCAUUCUGUGUUUCCAUGUAGCUUCAUCAAAAUAAGUAUAGCAUGGAACUGUGAACAUCUAUUGUUUUGAGUUUCAUGAGAUUGGCUAUGAGAUGAUUGUCUCCUUGCUUUUCAA